AAAUGCAAAGAAGUUGGGCAGGAUUUUUCUGCCUUGUUGAAAUUUAUUAAAGAAGUCAAGUCUCGUGUUCAUAGGUCAGUCUCUGAGGCAAUUUCCUUGCAAUCACAGCAGACAUUCAUUCAAACUCCUUGUUUUGGGAGCCAUGAUCUCCUACUUCUCUUUCUAUAUAAUCAAUUAAGCAUGCCACAACACCAACAAAACCAUCCCUUGUAAUCGUAGCUGUAAUUACAAUUACAAGAAGCUAGCACGCCAUGGCAUCAGCUAAAUGGUUAUUCAAGAUAAUAACGUUUCCAUGCAUAACUCCUCCCAGGCCCAAAUCAUUACCGGCAAUAGACGGUGACACCACUACACCACCUCCUCUAAUUGGGCCUUCGGGCCCAAAAGACGACGAUGAGAGGCUCAAAGACGUUUUUGAUCACUUGGACAUUGACAAAGAUGGAAAGAUUUCGAGCAGCGAGUUAAUGGAUUAUUUCGCGUCCGUGGGUGAGUCCCUGAGCCAUAAAGUGGCAGAGAGAGUGAUAAACGAGUUUGACUCCGAUGGUGACGAGUUACUCGAUUUCGGAGACUUUGAGAAACUGAUGAAGCAAGAGGACAGUGAGGAAUUGGAGGAUGUUCUGAGAAGCGCGUUCGAGAUGUUCGAGGUUGAGAAAGGGUGUGGGUGCAUAACGCCCAAGGGCUUGCAACAAAUGUUGCGCCAACUAGGAGACGUCAAGUCCCACGACGAGUGUGCGGCCAUGAUUCAAGCAUUCGAUCUUGACGGCAAUGGCUUCCUUGAUUUCAACGAAUUUCAGCAGAUGAUGUCUCCAGCUUCUUAGGUUUGGUUUUGCUUUGCUUCUCUCUCUAUCUACCCUCAAAUCCACUUUAGUCAAAGUUUAAAAUGAAAUUAAACGCUUUCUUGACGUAAGAUAAAGAAACGCGGUUUCCUGCACUCAUAAGCGCUCCAUUUGUCUGUCAUUUUGCGAUCUCUUUGGUUGUUACAUUUACAUGAACUUUAAAUAUCUAUAUUAGAUGAUAUAGAGGAAGAGUAAAUUAUACUAAUUAUUACAGA